AUGAACGAGCGGGCUUUGAUGCGGAGGGCCAUCCCAAAAUCAAGCAAACUUUCAGACGACGAGAUCCUUAGAGCCCAUGACCUGACUGCCAAGGUCGACGAGGUCGAGCAGAAUGAGCCUAAGGCAUCCCCCUUGGACGAAAUCGCACAUCUCGAGCAUUCCGAUGAGGUGGACCCGACUGUCGCGCCGGACCAGUCAGGAACCUUCCGGACGAUCAGGCAGAAACUCAAGAUCGACGUCCCGAACGACCUGGAGGCUUACCGCAAGCGGAUGCGGAUGGAUCUGCACCUCUGGCUCAUGCUCUCGGCCAGGUUUAUGAAUAAGCCUUGGCUGGAAGGGACUACUUUUGGACCUUUCGAGCGCUUCGUCGACUACAUCUUGGGCAAGAAGAUCUUCAAGACCUUCGUCGAUGAGCCUGACCGCGAGGUUCCCUCUUGGUCUUUGGUCUUGUCCUUCGAGCACCGGCUCCGCGUCGAGGCCUUGAAGCUCGUGCGCGACCAAGGCCACGCCUUGUCGAAGGCGCUCGACCACGUCGUCGCUGACUCCAGCUUGCGUAGCCUCCACUUCGUCACCUCCUCACCGUCUCCAACAAGGGCGUGCACACGGGGGCGUCUGCCUCGCGCUCGGCGCCGCCAGAGCCGCUUCGGGCUCAUCCUUCCAAAAGGCAGAGCAGAGGAGAGAGGAGAAGAAGCUGAGGAUGGAGGACUUCGGGCCAGGAGAGAAAGGUAA